AAUUCAUUUGUAUAUUGUGUUGGAUUGAAUUCAAACCCACUUCUUACCCUAACUUGUGUUGCAGACCCUUAUCCAUAGUAACAUAAAAUAUCCACACACACACACACACUAUGCAGCGGCAGCAACAUAUUUUUCUCCAAACCCCAAUCCAUGAAUCAAUGACAACAACAUUUUCAACUGAAUUCCUCUCAAACACUCUCAAUUUCACCACAAUCAACCCAAAUCGUACUUCAUGGCAUUCAAAACCCAACAAAAUCAUAAUUUCCUCAACCCCAUUCCUAAACGAAGGUAACAACUACCGAAGAAGAAUCAACAAAGAACAAAAAAAAUUCUGGGGCAAUAAUGAAAUAAGACCAAAAACCUACCCAGAUUACGAUCUUACCGACCAAAAUUUCAUGUAUCAACUCAACAAAUCAUGCAAAUUAGCUAAGUAUGAUGAAUCUCUCUAUUAUCUUCAGCAUAUGGUUGAUAGAGGUUAUAAACCUGAUGUUAUUCUUUGUACUAAAUUGUUAAAAGGUUUUUUCAAUUCCAAAAAACUCGAAAAAGCUAUUCAUGUUAUGGAGAUUUUGGAAAAAUAUGGUGAGCCUGAUGUUUUUUCUUAUAAUGCUGUUAUAAGUGGGUUUUGUAAAGCUGAUAGAAUUGAUGAUGCUAAUAAGGUGCUUGAUAGAAUGAAAAAGAGAGGUUUUUUACCUGAUGUUGUUACUUAUAAUAUUCUCAUUGGGAAUCUUUGUGGGAGGGGGAAACUUGAUUCGGCUUUAGCGGUUAUGGAUCAGUUGUUGAAAGAUAAUUGUAAGCCAACUGUUAUAACUUAUACUAUUUUGAUUGAAGCAACUAUUUUUCAAGGUGGUAUUGAUCAGGCUAUGAAGCUUUUGGAUGAGAUGUUGUCCAGAGGGCUUCGACCUGAUAUGUUUACUUAUAAUGUUGUUGUUAAUGGUAUGUGUAAACAAGGGUUGAUAGAUAGAGCUUUUGAGUUUCUUAGUAGUAUAAGUAAGCAGGGUUGUGUUGCUGGUGUGAGUACUUAUAAUAUUCUGUUGAGGGGUCUUUUGAAUGAAGGGAAAUGGGAAUAUGGGGUGAAGUUGAUGUCUGAUAUGUUGGAUAAGGGCUGCGAGCCGAAUUCUGUGACGUAUAGCACGAUGAUUAGUUCGCUUUGUCGUGAUGGUCAAAUUGAAGAGGCUAAGAGUGUGUUGAAUGCUAUGAAGGAAAGAGGCUUGGCUCCUGAUACUUAUAGCUAUGAUCCAUUGAUUUCUGCUUUUUGCAGAGAAGGAAAAGUGAACGUGGCUAUUGAGUUUUUGGAUGAUAUGAUAUCGGGUGGUCAUAUGCCUGAUAUUCUUAGCUAUAAUUCUAUCUUGGCUUCUUUGUGUAAGAAUGGAUAUGCUAAUGAGGCUUUGAACAUCUUUGAGAAGCUCGGUGAAAUGGGCUGUCCUCCAAAUGCAAGUUCUUAUAAUACACUGUUUGGUGCGUUGUGGAGUAGCGGCGAUAAAAUUAGAGCGUUACAGAUGAUUUUGGAGAUGUUAAGCAGCGACAUUGAUCCUGAUGGGAUCACUUAUAAUUCGCUUAUAUCUUGCUUGUGCAGAGAUGGAUUGGUGGAUCAGGCCAUUGAUUUGUUGGGCGACAUGUUGGAGAGUCGCAAGUGUCAACCGACAGUUAUUAGUUAUAAUACUGUUCUUCUUGGAUUGUGCAAGUUGCAAAGAGUCAUAGAUGCUGUUGAGGUGCUGGCUGCUAUGGUUGACAAAGGAUGUUUACCGAAUGAAACCUCCUACACAUUGUUGAUCCAAGGGAUUGGUUUUGCUGGAUGGCGAAAUGAGGCGAUGGAGCUGGCUAACUCACUUGUUAAUUUGGAUGCUAUUUCAGAAAAUUCAUUCAAACGUUUGUGCAAAACAUUUCCUGGCUUUGAUGCGCACAAGGAGCUCGCAUUAUCAUCAGAAUGAACCAACUUUCUAGCCAUAAAAUUGAUGUAUGCAGGUCUUCUCAAUAAGGUUUUUGUUCAAUUCAAUGAAUACCAACUUACCGCUUGCUCCCAAUUUGUUGUUUAAAGGUUGUUUGAAGUUCACACAAAUAUCAAACGGAUGGUUACUUCUGACAAACAUGUUAUUAUCGAAUAUAUGUUGGUUGCAAUUUGCGUAGAGUUUGUAUUUAAUUGUUACACAAUGACUUGGAAAAGUUGCGGAAAUUUGUACACCAUAGAAAUGUAAUAUCGUAACUUUUUUUGUUGAGGCAAUGGUUUAGAUUUCUGCUUUCUGCAGAGAAAGAAGGAAA